GUUUUUCAACUCAAAUAUCAAUUCCAAUGGCGACACAUACAAGUGUUUUAAGUUUUUUUUUCUUUGUUUUAUUAAUUGGAGUUAUAUAUUCGGAGGCUCGAGUUUCCAUCGGAGUCGAUGGUUAUGUAGGCGUUGGUGUUGGCGGCGGUGGAGGUGGCGGAGGUUCGGGUGGAGGAUCCGCCUCUGCAGCAGUAGGUGAACAUGGUUAUGCAAGUGGUGCUGGAAGCGGUGGAGGUAAUGGUGCUGGAUAUGGUGGUAGUGGAGAACAUGGUGUUGGAGGUGGCGGCGGUGGAGGUGGAAAUGGUGGCGGAGGAGGGUCUGUUGCUGCAGGAGGAGAUCGUGGGGCAGGUUAUGGUGCGGGAGGUGGUGAAGGAGGCGGUUCUGGGUAUGGCGCAGGAGGUGAAAAUGGAGCAGGUGGUGGUGGAGGAGGUGGCGGAGGAGGAGGUGGUGGUGGAGGUGGAGGUGCAGGUGGGGCACAUGGUGGUGGGUACGGUGGAGGUGAAGGAGCGGGUAGUGGAGGUGGCUAUGGUGCUGGCGGAGAGCACGGUGGGGGCGCUGGCGGAGGAGGAGGACAUGGAGCUGGUGGUGGAGGUGGUUCUGCUGGAGGAGCAACAGCUGGUGGAUAUGGUAGUGGAGGAGGUGCUGGCGGCGGAGCAGGAGGAGGUGCUCAUGGUGGAGGUUACGGGGGAGGUGAAGGUGGUGGCGCUGGAGGCGGAAGCGCUUCUGCUGGAGGUGAACAUGCCGGUGGAUACGGAGGAGGUGCAGGCGGUGGUGAAGGUGGCGGCCACGGUGGCUACGCCCCUUGAAAGUACAAUGUCAACGCCAUUAAUUGCAUUAUCCAAAAAGGAUAAAUCUUCUUAUUAAAAAUGUAUUGAGAAUAAUUUAACUAAUGAUGGUGUUAACCGUUAAGAAAUGUCUAAAUCGCACUUUAUAUAGUGCAUGGAUGUGUAUUCAGCUUACUCAAAUUAAGUAAAUUAUAAGCUGUAUUUUCAUGCGACUAUUAUAUUUUAUGUCAGAAGAAUUACGGUC